AUGCUCGGAGUCGAGCGGCGUAUGAGUAUUUCGGAGACGUAGUAACAUUUGAUACAACGUACCUAACAAAUAGGUACGGUAUGUCUUUUGCUCCAUUCGUUGGUGUUAAUCAUCAUGGUCAGUCCAUAUUAUUAGGAGCGGGAUUGCUUUCAAACGAGGACACUGAAACUUUUGUGUGGUUGUUCCGAAUGUGGUUAGAUUGUAUGAAUGGUCGGACGCCCAAAGCCAUGAUAACCGACCAAGAUUGGGCAAUGAAGAGUGCUAUUGCCAUUGUAUUCCCUGAAACUAGUCACAUAUAUUGUUUAUGGCAUAUAAUGCACAAACUUCCAGAUAAGUUAGGAUCUCAUGCGUAAUUCAAUGCGGGGUUGAAGACUGACCUUCAGACUGCAUUAUAUGACUCACAGACCAUCAAUGAAUUUGAGGAGAGCUGGGGUCAAGUACUUGCGAACUAUGAUCUACACGGCAAUAAAUGGCUUCAAGCCUUAUAUGAGAAAAUGUCUUUUUGGGUUCCAGCUUACUUGAAAAGUGUAUUCUGGGGCUGGAAUGAGCACAACACAAAGGUCGGAAAGCAUGAAUGCAUUUUUCGAUGGGUAUGUCCAUUCCGGUACCACGUUGAAGGAAUUCGUUGACCAAUUUGAUAAUGCUCUUAGAAAGAAGGUGGAGGUAGAGACAAUGGCUGAUUUCAAUUCUAACAACCAAACUAUUCCCUGCGUGUCCCAUUUUAAUAUUGAGAAGCAGUUUCAAAUGUUAUAUACAAAGGAAAAGUUCAAAGAGGUCCAAAGAGAGUUGUUGGGCCUAAUGUGUUGUAAUUGUUCGUUGGUAAGCACAGAAGGGUGCAUUUUAAAAUACCAAGUGUUGGAUGAAAUAUCUACUGAUGACCACAUCAAAACACUCCAUUUCUGUGUUUACUAUAACGAAGAGGAGGUGGAGGUCAAAUGCACGUGUGCACUGUUUCAGAUGAGGGGGAUUCUAUGUGGGUAUGCACUUACAGUUUGCCAGUUGAAAAAAAUUAAUGUGCUGCCAGAUGUAUAUGUGUUGGAUCGUUGGAGAAAGGACUUAAAGAGGACAUACACAUUACUCAAAAGUAGUUACAAUGACCAGCGGGACAGAGCAGACGCACGGAAUUAUGAGCGGGUGCUUAAAAGAUGUUCAAAAUUAGCGACCAAAAUAUCCUCAGAUAAUGAAAAAAUCAGUGCUUUCUUGCGUGUUGUUGAUGAGUUUGAGACAAAAUGUGAAGGUUCAACACUAGAGUCGGCAUAUGAACAAACGAAGGCCAAAGCAAAUGUCGUCUUGGAUAAGGGUAAGAAGAUAUUAAACCCCAACGUGGUUCGAGGAAAAGGGAAACCCCCAAGUAAGAGGAAGGUUCCACUAGUGGAAAAGUUGGCAACAAAGAGAAAUAAACCGACUUGCAGGAAAAUCUUGGAAGAUGAAACACAAUUGGGUGAGACACCGGGAUCUGAACAACACCAAUUUGAUGAUGGGGUUGAUGUUGGAACACAAAACAGCAUUCUUACACAAUCAACUCCAGGGGGAAAUGAGAUGUGUCACCAUAUCGAUGCACACUUGUAAUCCCAUGGUGAUGAGAAGCCACAUUUUUUGAAGCUCUUGGAGAUGGUAUGUUGUAGUUAAAGAGGAAAAUAUGAGUCCCUUUUGAAAAUGAUGCAAUCUUUCUAUUUGAAAAUGAUGCAAUCUUUCUGUUUUUUUAAGGACAAGUUGGAAUUUGGGAGUUCGGGGAGUAACUUGACUCUAGGGGCCCUAACUCAUUUUAAUUAUCUCGCAUUUUUUUCCCCGUUUAGUAUUAUUUUGCAUGAUUGGCUCUGUUGAUUUUUCUCUAAAGUCUUCUUUUUAGAUACUUGUAUUUCUCAUUGAUUUGGCUUUAUAUCCUCUAACAUUGUAUGAUUGUAUUUCUCAGAUUUGCCGCCAUGAUUGAGUUGCUGUUUUUGUGUCUGUUGGCAAUGGCCAUGGUGUAGUUUGUGUCUUAACAAUGUGUUUCAUUUUUUUGCCUCUUGUAGAGGGUUGGGUGGUAGUUUGAAAAUAUGAAAAGUGUUUCUUUUUUGUUCCAAAUGGAGAGGGUUGGGUGUAGUUUGUCAAUAUGCUUCUGGUGUAAUUUUUGGCUAGGUGUAGUUUGUCAAUACGCUUCCGGUGUAAUUUUUGGUUGGGUGUAGUUUGUCAAUAUGCUUCCGGUGUAAUUUUUGUAUCUCUUUGAGAGGGAAAGGUAGUAGUUAUUCAAAAUGCAUUUUUAUACCUCCUAGUGUAGUUUUGGUAUCCAUGGGUGUAUGCCAAUGGUAAGGUUUUUUGUGGAGAUGCAACGGGUAAUUUUUUGUACCUCUUGGAGAUCAAAGGUGUUUUGGUACCAUGAGCCAACAAGUUUUGGAGAACUACUACAAAGUUUUGGAGGUUGAUUAUGAUGCAACUGAAGAAAAUAUCAGUUUAAAUUACCUAAGGCUUGCACUGCUUUGAGUGAUCCUGCUAAACGACUUGACUAUGAUCUAACUGGAAUCUAUGAGAUUGAUAAGUAUACUUUGCGGGACACAACAACUGACAGACACCAAUGAGUUAAGUGAUAAAUAAGGAAAGAUAUCUACGAUCUACACCACAUCAAUUCUUGUAAGAUUGGGGAACAAAUUCACUGAAACUGUGAGAUGGAAGUUGAGGAACAAAUUCCACUUUAAGGUAUUAAUCCCACUGAAGAAGAUAAUGAGAGUUGACCUAAGUGAGAAUGUAAGGAAGCCAUGAGCAAAGUACAUAGAAGUAACAACUUGGGUCUAUUUAUGUUCUAGUUUAUAUUAGUGCUUUGGGUUGUCGGAAAAUAUAUCAUAA